GUCACGGCGCGUGUGAACUUUCCAUGAGAAUAUCUGAUCUCGCGCCUCUCGCGAUCGCGUAAAUUUGUGUCGGCGGGAGGAUCUUGGCAUCGUUUCUCCAGCGGCCAGGCCAGGAUAACUUUUAUGCGCUAAAUGGAUCACUUCUCGCCCACAGGUCUCAAGGUGUUGGUCGUGGACGAUGAUCCUUGCUGCCUCACUCUGCUAGAGCGAAUGCUGCGAGAAUGCAAGUAUGCUGUUACAACUUGCAGCCGUGCGACAGCAGCCUUGACAAUCCUCCGGGAGAGGAAAGAAUCAUUCGACGUAGUGAUCAGCGACGUUCAUAUGCCUGACAUGGACGGUUUCAAGCUGCUGGAGCUCAUUGGCUUGGAGAUGGGGAUCCCCGUUAUCAUGAUGUCCGCCAGCGGCGAGACGGACGCGGUGAUGAAGGGCGUCGUGUAUGGAGCCUGCGAUUACCUGGUGAAGCCCGUGAGGAUCGAGGAGCUACGGAACAUCUGGCAGCAUGUCGUCCGGCGGCGUACCAAGGACUCGGCUGUCCGAGACGAAGCUCCCGAGGAGUGGGAGGACUUCAUGAGGUCAACCCCCACGGAUUCCUCCGAGGAGGCCGACGUUGACCUCCGCCUCCUGCGAAAGAAGAAGCGUCCGAGCUGCGACUUUGGCGGCGGUGGCGGCGACGAGAGCAUGAGGAGCAUCGCCAGCAACAAGAAGGCGAGGGUGGUGUGGUCAUUCGAUCUCCACCAGCAGUUCGUCAAGGCCAUCAACCACAUAGGAAUCGAAAGUAAGUUACUUCUUGUUUUCUUCGAUCUCGAGAGCUCACAUUCUAAGUUUCUUGUCAUAGAGGCCGUGCCAAAGAGGAUUCUCGAGGUGAUGAAUAUCCAGGGGCUCACGAGAGAGAACGUCGCCAGUCACCUCCAGGUAAUCGCAUUACCAUUUUGUUCUUUCUCUCUUUUCCAACGCUCUAUCUUCUUCCCUGUGCAGAAGUAUCGUCUCUACCUCAAGCGAUUGAGCGGCGUCACGCCCGAGCCAUUCCCGAUUGCUUCGUUCCAGGCCUACGAGGGUGCCACCUUUGGCGGCACCAUGCAAAUCCACCACCACCAAAGGUCCUCCUCCACUCUACCUCUCCUCCGUACCAGGAGUAGCGGCAGCAGCGGUGGCGGCGCCCCGCCGUACAACGUGGACACGCUCGCCACUCUCAAGCAGCUCCAGGCACUCCAGCAAGCGGCUCACGAGAAAGGCCAGGCGGCGGGAUUCGUCGGUGGCAGCGGCGCCGCCGCCGCCGGGAUCCGGCCGGGCUUGCGUGUGGAGGAGGAGGAUCACCAUCACCACCAUCCAGAAUUUGGUGGCGGUGACGACGACGAGCAGCAUCACACGGGCAGCGAUCACGAGGAGGAGCUUUCCGUGCGGCUCAAGUGUGACGACAGCCUUCACAGCUCAAUGCCUGCGUCAUUCCAAGGCGCGGUGUUCCACCGCCACCACCACCACCACCAGUAUCAGAUUUAGAUUCGAUUGCUCGCCGUCAAGGAAGAGAAAGAGAGUAGAGAUCUUGGCUGCCUGAUCUGUAAAAUUCCAACCACUGUAUUAAUAUGACCACACCAAAUGGGACCAAA